AUGGUCGCGAUUUUAAACCGUCUGAAGUCGACUGCUAUGCUGGUGCGUGGCUCAUACUAUGCGUCCUUUACUCGCACCCAGAGCAAAAUAAGCGCAGCGAAGUCGCUUCACAGACAUUUUCUCAAGCCAAAGAUAAUAGAAUCGUCUGCACUUGGAGCAGCUGCGUUUGAAAAUACUCGUACCGUUCAUUAUGGAUGUUUUCUGCGUACUGGAUGCUAUCGACGGUUCCCUAAGCCAUUAACUUUAGUUUCAGUGAGCGGACGUUUUGGUCACAAUCGAUCAUCUCAAGCUCCUGCUGUACUCAACUUAAAAAAAACAGCUGCAGCAGCUACCGACCCGGGACCCACAAUCCGCAAGGUCAAUUUCUCGCACCAGCAAGAAGCACGCUGCGACGAACGACACUUCUUUAAAUGGCUGAGGGCGUGA